UCCAGCAUCUGAAUCAAUGCAGAGCAAGGCUCUUACUCGCAUCUUACUGGUACACUCUUUAGGAUGGCGAUGAACUGCUUCCACCCGCAGGCUGCUGGGGCAUGUGCAGCUUUCAUCCUCGUUUCCGCGAUUGUCAUCUCCUGCGGCCACUCUGUGGUACAUGCACUUGAAAGUGGUCCCAGAAAACUUGAAUUUUACCUGCACGAGCGGACAGUAGCUGAGCCAGGCUACGAGGCGACCGAUGUAUUAGCCGCCAUGCCGUCAGGCAACGCCUCGUAUUUUAGUUUUGGCAACUUGGGGUGGGCAGAGCACGUGAUCCGGGAAGGUGUAAGCACUACAUCUAAGAUUCUAGGCCGAGCCCCAGUUCUUUUUCCAGCCCAACCGAGAGUACCCAACUUUUGCUUUGCAGAAGCUGCUGACCUUGGAUACGGGCUCGUACAAUGGCACUCUCAUCGUCAGCGACUGGAACUACGAUGUAGAUUCCAACGAAUGGGCCAUUGUGGGAGGCACUCACAACUUUAGAAUGGCCACAGGAUACGCAGUGAACCGCAU